CUCUGGGGUCAGUGAAGGCCCGGUUGGCGGCGCUGCUUCCCGAUCUUCUGGUCUUCAGGAAGCCCCGGGGACCGGAACCUGAGCUCGCCACGGCCCAGGGCGUCCUCCUCGGCGUCCACGUGACGGGAUGAAGAUGAGGGGUAGAAGGUGCCUGUGCUCAUCAUGAGGUCUCCGUAGCGUUUGAAUCCAUUCCAUUCAUCACUGGUUUCUCCAUCCCUCACCAAGAAGGGGACCGUAUAGUUUUACUUGGCCAGAGAGCCUUAGAAAGGGUGGAUGACUAAGAAAAAAAACAAACAAAAACCGCUUACUGGGUUUACCGCAUUAAUGGACAGGUUCAGCCUGACUUGCAAGUCGGAACAUGACAUGGACAAGCUGGCCCACAUCUUCAGUUAUUACAUCAGUGACAUCGUGGAGCAUGUGCUGUGCUUUGGAGGGGAUAUCCUGAAUAUUACAGGGAAUGUGCUCCUGGCACUCUGGACAGUGGAAAAGAAUCAACUAAGUGACAUCAUUACCCUGGUGGCAAAAUGCAGUCUGGAGAUUCAGGAGAAAUUUGGGAUUUACCAUACCAGAGAAGGCCAGGACCUACAACUAAAGAUAGGUCUAUCUGCAGGUCGAAUUUCCCAGGUUAUUGUUGGUGAUAAGCAGCACCGGUACCUCUUGGUGAUUGGGCGGGAUGUAGAUGAUGUCCAGUUAGCUCAGCGUUUGGCUCAGGCAAAUGAAAUUGUUUUGUCCUGGAAUUGCUGGAAGCUCUGUGAGCAGUACAUGUUUGAAGUGGAAAUCAUGAGGGAGGAUGAAGCUGUGAAGUUACGAGAUAUGCGGAUCAUUGACCCAUUUGAUUUUGAUGAACAUUUUGACAAAUGUCUUGAUUAUCUACCACAUUACCGGACAAGUGUUGAUACUCUAAGAACUGCUCUGGAGUUAGAUCCAGAUUCCACACUUGAAGAAACCCUUCGGAAACACAUAAUGAAAAACCUUUUGAAAAAGAUUGAUGAAGGUCAACCUGUGGAAUAUAUAUCUGAAUUCCGUACAGUGACUAUGGUUUUGGUCAGCCUAGAGUUCCACAAGACAGCAUGGAUGCUGCACUUAUGUCAUCUUAUCCAGGAGGCUGCCUUGUACAUCUCCACAGUUAUAGAGAAAGGAGGUGGCCAGCUAAGCCGGAUUUUUAUGUUUGAGAAAGGUUGCAUGUUCCUCUGUGUUUUUGGCCUUCCUGGGGAUAAGAAGCCUGAUGAAUGUGCACAUGCCCUGGAGAGUUCCUUCAGUAUCUUCAGCUUCUGCUGGGAGAAUCUUGCUGAGACCAAGCUGGUUUCUGUCAGUAUAACCAGUGGACCUGUAUUCUGUGGAGUGGUUGGAGCAGUAGCAAGACAUGAAUAUACAGUUAUUGGCCCAAAAGUGAGUCUUGUGGCGAGAAUGAUAACUGCAUAUCCAGGUUUGGUGUCCUGUGAUGAGGUAACAUAUCUACGAUCUAUGUUACCUGCUUAUAACUUCAAGCAACUCCCAGAGAAAAUGAUGAAGAACAUCUCCAACCCAGGGAAUAUGUAUGAAUACCUUGGCCAUAGAAGAUGUAUAAUGUUUGGGAAGAGACACGUGGCCAAGGAGAGGCAUAAAAAUCACCCCUUGUUAGAUCGUGAGAAAGAACUGCAAGCCUUCCUAAUGGCGCAGCAGGGAUGUUUGCACCAGAAGAAGGGACAAGCAGUUUUGUAUGAAGGUGGGAAAGGUUGUGGAAAAAGUCAGCUGUUGGAUGAAAUAAACUUCCUGGCCCAGAAAGAAGAGUACAGGGUGUUGCCAUUGAAGCUGGAGGAAGCAGAUUCCAAGAAGAGCCUCUAUGCCAUCCAGACCCUCAUGGCCAUCUUCUUUGACCUUGAUACAUGCCCAGCCUACUGCCGGCAAGAGUGCCUACACAAACAACUCCGUGGGAUAGUAGAGGAGCAGCUGCACUGCCUUUUUAAUGACUUCUUCUUUGUGAAGUUUCCCUUAUCAUUUAAAGUAUUACACAUGGAUGACCUGACAAGGCAAAAGAAGAUUAAAGCAUGUUUUUUUCAAGUGCUUCAGAAGGCAGUGAGGGAAACACCACUGAUUUUCCUCAUUGACGAAGCCCAGUACAUGGAUACAGCUUCUUGGGAGUUUUUGGAGGCAUUGCUCUCCAGUGUGCCCAUCAUCAUGGUGAUGACAUUGACCCCUACCUACACCCUGUGUAGCUGGGCCCAGAACAUCCUGCAGAGCCCUCAAGCUAUCCUCGUACCCAUCUCGGCGUUGGCAGCAACCUCACUGUUGAGAAUGGCAUGUUGGGAACUGGGGGUGGUGAGCAUCCCCCAAGAGCUGCAGAUCUACCUUCUCCGCAGGUGCUUUGGAAACCCCCUCUACUGUGAGGUCCUAUGUCAGGAUCUUCUCUCUAAGGAUAUAUUGCUUUUUCAUGACUACCAAAAGAAGGAGAAGGAAAACAGCAAGUGGGAAACUCUCUCAGCCAAUGCCAUGAAAUCCACAAUGUAUAGUAUUUCUCCUGCUGGCUCUGAAGACCGGGAACUUUAUGUCUGUACAGUCAAAGAUGAUGUGAACUUGGAUACAGUGCUUCUCCCACCAUUGUUAAAAGAAAUAGCCAUAAACCAACUAGAUCAACUGAGCCCAGAAGAACAGUUACUGGUGAAGUGUGCUGCAGUCAUUGGCCACUCCUUCCACAUAGAUCUGUUACAUCACCUCUUGCCUUACUGGGAGAAAAAUAAGCUACUUCAGGUGCUGAGGGCUCUUGUGGAUAUACAUGUGCUCCGCUGGUUCAACAAGAGCCAAGAGCUUUCUGCUAAGCCAACAAUAGUGCCAUCCUCUAUUAAGACUGUUGAUCAAACCAAAGAGGAGAAGAAAAAGUCAGAUGCUGGCUCUCACAGGCUACAAGAGGAAGUAUCCCUACCUCAAACAGAGGUGCUUGAGUUUGGGGUGCCUCUGUUACGGGAAGCUGCUUGGGAACUGUGGCCCAAAGCACAACAGAUAGCCCUGCACCUUGAAUGUGCCUGCUUUCUCCGAGACUUCGCCUGCCGCUGUAGGAGCUGUCAUGGGGGAGACUUUGUCCCCUUCCACCGUUUUGCCAUCUGUUCUACUAAGAGCUCUAGGGAAAUUUCCCAACUGUAUCGUUACAAAGAUAAUAGCUCUGUACUAACACAAGUGAUCACAGACAAGUUGCAGCUGCCUUCACCCCAAGAUACUUUUCAGUUCCAGACAAAGUCAUCCAGAAUUCAAAAGGCCUUCACGAGUAAACACUACAGAACAGAGGAAGAGUUUCUGGAUCAAGUAAGCAGAAAACUGGCAUAUACCAGCCCUAAGAAAGCCAAGUUGACCAUAAAGCCCUGUCACUGUGAGGAUAUUCUGAAGUUAGUGCUCUCGCCCCUAACCCAGCAUUGCCUAGUCAUCGGGAAAAACAGCUGUGCAUUUUAUUACCUGUUGGAGGCUGCUGCUGCCUCCUUGGACCUGUCAGAUAAUUACAUGCCCUGGCAUCAGUGCAUCCUAACCCAGUUUCCCCAUCCCUUGUCUUGUUUGGAGGCCUUCUUCUAUUUGAGGAAAGCAAGCAGUCUUCUGGGCCAGCCUUCAGCAUUCUCAUUUUUCAAAAAACACAAGGUGAAGAUCUGUCAGUUUGAGGAGGCCACUUUCUGCUCUCUCCGGUCAGAGGUCUGUUUCAACAUGGGGCAGAUCACCUUGGCCAAAAAGCUGGCCAGGCAGGCUCUUCGACUGCUGAAAAGGAAUUUCCCUUGGACCUGGAUUGGUGUCCUUUUCCAAACAUUCCUUGAGAAGUAUUGGCGUUCCUGUUCCCUGAGCCAGUCACCAAACAACCCCAGUGAGAAUAAGAAGAAGCUGGCAGUUCUCCAGCAGCAGGUGCACUGCCUUUCCCUGCUACUGCAGCUCUAUAACCUGGAGGCCACCGCCAGCAGCCGCAGGUUUGCCUGCCUUGCCACUCUCAUGCAGAAGAAUUUAGUUGAGGAGUUGGUAAAUGAAGCCGAGGUUGUCUCUACCUAUGUGGCCCUCUCCCAGUUCUCCCAGACCAUGGGUGACAGGGAAAACUGGCUACGCUGUGAGAAGAUGGCCAUUCAGAAAAGCAGCCUGUGCUGGUUCUCCAGGGAAGGAUUAUUGGCCACAGCCCAGCUCUUGCAGGCCUUAGCCUACACCAAGCUCUGCCUUGGCUAUCUUGACUACUCCAUCAAGCUGGGCUUUCAAGCUCAAGAGAUAUGCAGAUACAUCAAGAAACCAGCUUUGGAGAAUCUAGUUCUCUCCGUUCUCUUCAGAUCUGCAUUUCUAAAAAAGAAAUUUGAUCUGUGUGUCCAUGUGCUGGAGAGUCAGUGGCCGCUCAUUUCCCAGGGUCAUGAUGUCCUUGGCCUGGCCUGCUUCUAUUCUGCUUGCUUAGACCUGCUGCUCCAUGGAGAAGGAUUCCUGUAUCGUCCCUUCAGUGAGUGUCUGCGUUUCAUUCAACACUAUGAGCACAGCUGCAUUCUAACCUCUCAGAACAAUGUCAUGCUGGGGGUCUACUCCUCUCUGGCCAUGUGGUUUGCCCAAGACUCACAGUGGUACCAGUUGAAGCAACACUUCUCCAAGGCUUGCCAGUUGGUGAAAAGAACAGACGCCUCACUGUUUGGUUCACAUAGCUUUGUCCGAUUCCUAGAGUGUCAUGUUUUAAUGUUACAGAAAAUGCCAAAGUGUUUAUUAAGGCAUAUUUCCCUAAAGGCUCAUAGCCAGACCCUCAAGUACUACUUCAAGGAGUUCUUCUCUCGAUGCGUCACCUGCCCUGUCUAUCACCAGUGGGUCUCUCAGCUUAAAGCCUCUGUAAUGAGUUAUGAAGAGAGAAAGCCCAUGUCCUUGACUAACAUUAGUGAUCCUUUGGACAUAAGCUCGAUUUGGAUAAAGGAAGGGUUCCUAGAGGAAAACCAUUUCUAUGAAGGACAUCUAGGAAUAGAAAUUUGACAGCAUGACUGAUACCAAGGAGAAUAUGGAAUUCAAGAAAUUCAAGAGAUAUAUGUUAAAGCAAACAAAAGCAGUCAUCCAAAGGGGCCAUGAUUCAAUUACUGAACAUAGCACAAAGAAAUGCCCCCAAAUCCUCCUUUUUAAGAUACUGUAUAGUGUACAUACUAAAUAUCCUAUUACAUUCACCACUAUAUCUUCAUCAGAAUAAAAGUCUAUAUUUCUGAAGCCUGAAA